AUAACGUCUAAGAAUAACAAGGAAGAUUUUUUUAUCAUUAAAAUAACGUGGAGGGGGAGGGGAAGAUAAAAAGUAAAUAUCCUGCUAAUUGAGAAUACAUUUUUUAGACGGUAGAUUCGUACUGCCAUCUCUUAGGGGAUUCAAGAAUAUGAAAUAUCUUGCCUAUAUAUUUGUUUCGGUCUUGCUGUGCCUUGCAGAGCUGAUCAAUUGCUCAAAACCACCUCACAUUAUAUUUAUAAUUGUCGAUGACUUGGGUUGGAAUGAUGUGAGCUUUCACGGUUCUAAGCAAAUACCUACACCUAAUAUUGAUGCAUUAGCCAAAGAUGGAGUCAUUCUUAAUAACUAUUAUGUUCAACCAAUAUGCACUCCAUCAAGAGGAACUUUAAUGACAGGAAAAUAUCCCAUACGGCUGGGUUUACAACAUGACGUCAUCUAUGCUGCUGCACCUUGGGGCUUGUCUCCAGAAGAAAAGAUACUGCCACAGUAUCUAAAAGAACUUGGUUAUACAACAAGAGGCAUUGGAAAGUGGCAUUUAGGAUGUCAUCACAAAAAUUAUCUUCCGGUUCACAGAGGGUUUGAUUCCUUUUUUGGUUAUUGGAGUGGCAAAGAAGAUUUCUACACACAUUUUGAAGAAGGGGUUGGAACAAACGGCUUGGAUUUUCACGAUGAUGAUAAAAAUGUCUGGAACUACACUGGACAUUAUUCUACUAAUGUAUUUACGAAUAAAGCCAAAGAUAUAAUAUAUACACAUGAUAAAUCGAAGCCUUUAUUUUUGUACCUCGCACAUCAAGCCGUCCAUGCUGGUAAUUCAUACACACCAUUACAAGCUCCACCGGAAUACGUUGGCAGAUUCCCACAUAUUUCUGAUAAAGACAGAAGAAUUUUUGCAGGUAUGGCAUCGGCAUUAGAUGACUCCAUUGGAGACCUCUUUCAAGCUUUAAAUGAAUCUGGUAUUCUACAAAAUGCAGUCUUAGUCUUUACAACCGAUAACGGGGCAGCUGUACAAGGUAUUGAUGAAAGUACUGGUUCUAACUGGCCCUUGAGAGGUAGUAAAUACAAUAUGUGGGAAGGUGGAGUGAGAGGAGUGGCUUUUGUUUGGAGUCCUUUAAUUCGAGGGAAAGGAGGCAAAAUCACCUCUGAUUUGAUGCACAUGAGCGACUGGUUGCCAACAUUGUAUUCAGUGGCGGGGGGAAAUGUUCAAACAUUGGGAGAAAUCGAUGGUCACAAUAACUGGCCAACGAUUUGUUGUAGCUCUCCUUCUCAACGAAAGGAAAUUCUACACAAUAUCGAUCCUGUUUGGAAAGUGGAAGUAAUCCGCAAAGGCAAAUACAAGCUAUUAAAAGGGAGCGUUUUUAAUGGAAAUUUCGACGGAUGGUUUGAUAAAGAAGGGAAGAGAAAAGAAAAUGUCCCUUUUACUAAAACCGAAUUGAAAUUACAAGACAAGGUUUAUGCAAAGUUAUCAAACAAAUCAAAAGUUAUCUCGAUUCUCUCUUCAACUUCCUUUAAUGAUCAAAAUCACAAAGAAGAUUAUUGCUAUGAAGAUAAUCAAAAUAAGAAGGAUUGUCCUAGCCCAGCAGAUACUUCUUCCAUCUUGAAUGGAGAUUUACCUCAAAAGACAGCAUCUUCAAGUUUAGAAGUAGAUUGUGGAAAGAAACCAGAUAAUGCAUCCUCCAACUGUAAGCCUUUGGAAGCUUCAUGUUUAUUCGACAUUGAAAGUGAUCCUUGCGAAUAUAAUAACUUAGCCAAAACAAUGCCUGAAAUUGCUCAAGAAUUAGAAGAACUUCUGAAUCAAUAUAGAAAGAAGGCCAUUCCUAUAAGAAAUCAACCUAUGGACCCAGCUGGAAAUCCUAAAUAUCACGGAUAUGCUUGGAUACCAUGGAGAAUGAGAAUGAAAAUGGCAAUCAUUCCUGACAUUAAAGAAAGAGCUACGAAGAUGCGAGGAACAAGAGUGCGGAAAAGAUUUGUAUCCGAGCACAUGAUGCUAACAGAAGCAAAGAUGUUACCAACCACUGAGCCAAAGACAAAGAAAGCAGAAACAUUGAAAGCAGCAUCGAUACUUUUCACACUAAAUCUUAAAGGAAUCGAGGUUACUCUAUUUGGAGUUGAUUGGUGGAAUUUAAAGUUCCAUCUAGGAGAAACGUCAACCAUGCGAAUCCUGAUAAUUCUCGUGAUAGCCUUAUACACUUCUAAUGCUAAAGAAGAAGAAGGAGGAGGAGAGGACAAAGGCGAAGAUGCCAAUUCUAAAGAAAAAGAAGCUAGUCCUGAAAAAGAAACUGUGAAGUUGCCUCCCCAUAUUUUAUUCAUUCUAGCUGAUGAUUUGGGAUGGAAUGAUGUAAGUUUCCAUGGCUCUCCUCAAAUUCCGACGCCAAAUAUCGAUGCACUGGCAGCUAGUUCCAUUAUUCUCAACAACUACUACACCGAGUCCCUAUGCUCUCGGGCACGAUCUUCCAUAUUAAGUGGAAAUUAUCCUAUUCAUACCGGACUUCAACAUUCCAUUAUUAAAAGUGGGGAACCUACAAGUUUACCCUUGGAAGUAAUGAUAAUGCCAGAACAUUUUAAAAAUAAAGGCUACAGAACCAACAUGAUUGGAAAAUGGCAUCUAGGCUAUUCAAAAAAGGAUUAUACGCCAACCAGUAGAGGAUUUGAUACUUUUUUUGGAUUUUAUAAUGAACAAAUAGAUUAUUACGAUUAUACUAACUAUGACAAAGCAGAUGAUCCAAACGCCCCACCUUUUUAUGGUAUAGAUCUUCAAGAUGGGAUGGAAACAGUCAAAAAAAUGAGAGGAAAAUAUGCUACAGAUGUUUUCACAGACCGAGCUUUAGAUAUUAUAACAUCGCACAAUGAAUCAGAACCACUAUUUCUUUUUUUAUCCCAUUUGGCACCCCACUCUGGAAAUGAGUAUUUGCCGUUACAAGCUCCUCUCACUUAUGUAGCGAAAAACGCUCACAUUCAAGAUGCCAAGAGGAGAACAUAUGCUGGAAUGGUUUCUGCUUUGGAUGAGUCAGUGGCAAAAAUUAUCAGCGCUUUUAAUCAAAGAGGCUUUUUAGAUAAUUCCAUUAUAGUAUUUUCGUCCGACAAUGGAGGUGACACUGGAAGCUAUCAAAAAGGAGCAGCCUCUAACUGGCCAUUAAGGGGUCAAAAGGGAAGUUCCUGGGAAGGAGCCAUUAGAGUUCCUUGUUUUAUCUGGAGUCCUAUUCUUGGGUUAAAAGAACCACGAACAUCCAAUCAGCUCAUGCAUGCUUCGGAUUGGUUGCCGACUCUCUACGCAGCUAUCGAAGGUGAUGUUAGUGACUUAGGAAAAAUUGAUGGUAUAAACAUGUGGAAAGAACUUGUUAAUAAUUUACCUUCCCCAAGAAUCGAAAUUUUACACAAUAUCGAUCCUAUAAGUGGAAUGUCUGCUCUUCGAAGAGGAGAUUAUAAAUUAAUCGUUGGAACAACAGAUGAUGCGACUGCCAAUUGGUUUAAGCCAAGCGGAUUGGAUGAUAUGACAACACCCGAUUCAGUGGACGAAUGGGUGUUUAACAAUGGCACACUAGUCAAGAGAAUUCUCGAAGAAUUUAACUUUUGGAUUUCUAAGACUCCAGACUUAUGGAGAAUAAACGCUACAAUUAAUUGCAUGCAGCCUCCUCCUGAUGGUAAUGGAGGAUGCGACCCAAAUCAGAGUCCUUGUCUUUUCAAUAUUGCAGCUGAUCCUUGCGAAUACAACAACUUAGCGCAAAAGUAUCCAAGGAUUGUGAGAUCAAUGGUUGAAAUAUUGAAACAAUAUAAUGAAACCGCCGUUGAACCUCUUUCUAAUCCAAGAGACCCUCAAGCAGAUCCUCGUUGUCACAGUUUCUCUUAUGUUCCCUGGUUGGAUGAAGAAUUCGCAGCUGAUUGCCCCUUCGCAUCAUGAGAUCCUACAGCAACAUCAAUCAUCGGACAUUCUUAUGGAAUAUCUGUAUUCCAAUGAAUAACUAAAAAAAUUGUUUCGAUCAUAAUAAUGCAAAUAUAUUUAAAUAUGCUCCGUUGCAGUUUCGCCAAAUAAAUAAUAAAAAGAUACUAAAUUAUUUAUUUGAAAAAUUUGUUUCUGUAAAAUUGUCCUUAUAGUUUAUACAUGUGAAAA